AUGACUGCAUCCUUUACCAAUGGGCCAGGGCCAAUGAACCAGCGCAAGGUGGUUUCCCAUACUCUCACAGGCCUGAAAAGAUGGUCAUGCCACAGCCGAGAGCUGCCUCCUGUCGACCAAGUGAAAGCUCUCCAUGUCUACGACUUUGAUAAUACCUUGUUUAUGAGUCCGUUGCCAAACCAGAAGCUAUGGAACGGACAAACUGUAGGCUUCUUACAGACACAAGAAUGCUUCGUCAAUGGGGGUUGGUGGCAUGACCAGCGUAUUCUGGAGGCCACCGGUCAAGGGAUUGAGAAGGAGGAGCCAAAGGCGUGGGAGGGCUGGUGGAACGAACAAAUUGUCGACCUCGUGGGACUCAGUAUCAAACAGAACGACACGCUGACAAUUCUAUUGACGGGACGAAGCGAGCAUAACUUCGCUGACCUGAUCAAACGCAUCGUUGCCAGCAAAGAUCUUUCUUUCGAUAUGAUUUGCUUGAAGCCACAGGCUGGUCCGAACAGUGAGCGAUUCCGCUCAACUAUGAUGUACAAACAAGCUAUCCUAGAGGAUUUGGUACAUACCUAUAAGGAUGCGGACGAGAUACGGAUCUACGAAGAUAGACCAAAACACACCAAAGGUUUUCGUGACUUCUUUGAGAGCUUCAACGCCAACCUCCUUUCCCCAGCAGCGCAAACUCCUCGGAAACCCAUAGUAGCUGAGGUGAUUCAAGUCGCAGAUCAAGUGAAAACACUCGAUCCAGUCGUCGAGACCUCAGAAGUCCAGCGUAUGAUCAACAGCCACAACUCUCAAAAUAAAGCCGGCCGGAAUCUCGAGAUCAAGCGCACGGUCUUCUACACCGGUUACCUGAUAGCACCCAUGGACACCGCCAAGCUCCUGACCCUCGUCAAGCCUCAUCCCAACAUGCCUGAGACCGAUGUCAAAUUCCUUGCAAAUAAUAUUCUUAUCACAUUUGGGCCCGCCCAGUCACCUCUUCUCAACAAAGUUGGGGGUAUUGGUUUCAAGCAGACUUGGCAAGUCACUGGCUUUGCUUCUCUGGACUCUAAGGUUUGGGCUGCGCGCGUCUCUCCUGUUCCACCUAUAUCGAUAUUUCACACAGACAAUCAUGUACCCUUCGUCCUUUUGGCUCACCACAAAACCGCGCGGCCUGGUGACGCAAAUCGAAUCCAAAAUUGGCAGCCAGUCAGUGCAGAUAAGCAAUACGUGUUUCAGACCACGGUCGGCGAGAAAGUGCAGCUCCGAGUGGAGCCUGAGACCGAAGGCGAAAGUGAGUAUGAUAGUCUUUUCGACCGGAGAAAUCUCAAGAGACGGCAUAGUCCGCCGCCUGGACCUCAGCAAAUCCAUAGGAACGGCCAUGGUAAUGACGAGAAUCGAAGACUCAAUGGCGGGAACGGAAAUAGAGGCGGCACCCAGAAUCGAGGUCGUGGCGGAGGUGGUGGACGAAGUGGAGGUAAUAAUAAUAAUAGAGGUGGCAGAGGGGUGGGUCCUGGUCGAGGCGGAGGUGGUCACAACAGAGGAAGGGGAGGUGGGCAAAGAGGAGCCUAUAAAUCGCUUGACGACGUGGGCUCCGGUGGUGGUCGCUACAAUGCGCAGAGAGGCGAGCCAAAUUACGAUGAUUACGUACCGGGUGGGGACAACUACAAUGCGGCGUUUCCUGCCCUGGGCGGCGGAGGCUUACCUUACGGCAAAUAA